AUGGCGGGCGCGGAGCAGGGGGCGAGCCCGGAGCAGGCGGAGAAGCACCUGAACGGGGAGCUGCUGCUGGAGCCCGAGGACGCGGAGGGCGGCGCGGCGGGGCCCGGCGCCGAGGAAGGCGCCAAGAAGAAGCGGCGGAAAAAGAAGAAGAGCAAAGCCGCCUCCGCGGGACAACAAGAGACAGAGAGAGCAUUAGAGAGUGCUCUUGAUGAUGUAGCAAAACAGUUGGAUAAACAAACACUGGAGGAGAAGGAAAAUGAUGAUGAAGAAGAUGGAGAGGGUGAAGGAGAUGGAGCAACAGGGAAGAAAAAGAAGAAAAAGAAAAAGAAGAAAGGACCUAAGGUGCAGACAGAUCCACCUUCUAUUCCAAUAUGUGAUCUAUUUCCCAGUAGCAUAUUUCCAAAAGGAGAAGAAUGCGAAUAUCCACCAACACAAGAUGGGCGAACUGCUGCUUGGAGAACUACAAGUGAUGAAAAGAAAGCACUAGAUCAAGCCAGUGAAGAGAUUUGGAAUGAUUUUCGGGAGGCUGCUGAGGCACACAGACAAGUGAGGAAAUAUGUUAUGAGCUGGAUCAAACCUGGAAUGACAAUGAUAGAAAUCUGUGAAAAACUCGAAGACUGCUCACGCAAACUGAUAAAAGAAGAUGGUUUAAAUGCAGGUCUUGCAUUUCCCACUGGAUGUUCUCUGAAUAACUGUGCAGCCCACUACACUCCCAAUGCUGGAGAUCCUACAGUAUUGCAAUAUGAUGAUAUUUGCAAAAUAGACUUUGGAACACACGUUAGUGGUCGUAUUAUUGACUGUGCUUUUACUGUUACGUUCAAUCCAAAAUAUGAUAGACUGUUACAAGCAGUAAAAGAUGCUACUAAUACUGGUAUAAAGUGUGCUGGAAUAGAUGUUCGUCUCUGUGAUGUUGGUGAAGCGAUCCAAGAAGUUAUGGAGUCCUAUGAGGUUGAAAUUGAUGGCAAAACAUAUCAAGUGAAACCAAUUCGCAAUCUGAAUGGACAUUCAAUUGGGCCAUAUAGGAUACAUGCUGGAAAAACUGUGCCCAUUGUGAAGGGAGGAGAAGCAACAAGAAUGGAGGAAGGUGAAAUAUAUGCUAUAGAAACCUUUGGUAGCACAGGAAAGGGUGUUGUUCAUGAUGACAUGGAAUGUUCUCAUUAUAUGAAAAAUUUUGAUGUUGGGCACGUGCCAAUAAGGCUUCCAAGAGCAAAACAUUUGCUCAAUGUUAUCAAUGAAAACUUUGGCACUCUUGCCUUCUGCCGCAGAUGGCUAGAUCGUCUGGGAGAAAGUAAAUAUCUAAUGGCUCUGAAGAACCUGUGUGACUUGGGUAUAGUGGAUCCAUAUCCUCCCUUAUGCGACAUUAAAGGCUCAUAUACCGCCCAGUUUGAGCAUACCAUAUUAUUGCGCCCAACAUGCAAAGAAGUUGUCAGCAGAGGAGAUGACUAUUAAACUCAGUGUCACCUCAACACCUUUAUGCUCUAGGCUUUGUUGGAACAUGUUAUACCAGAAUUAAUUUGCACCGUAUUGUCUGUUUUAACAGUGGACCGAUGUAAUACGUUCCAUGUUUGGAAAGAAAGGAAUUUAAUCAAAGGCAAGUCUUCUAAUGUAACUAACCAAGGAAAAAGCUUUCAUGCCUCUAGAAAUAUUUCAGAAGGUUACGUAUAUUUUUUUUCUGUUCAGGGAAAUAUGUGCUAUAAAGCUCAAUUUUUAGUUUGGAAUGAGUUAUACAUUUUGUUUUGAACAUUUAUGAUAAGAAAUGCUUUUCAAAUAUUUAUAUUACCAUAUUCCUACUUGAAUGCUUUGAAUGAUUACACCUGACUUCUGCGCCUAAGCCCUCUAUGGUAUUGCCUUUUAAAUUUCCUGGAAUCCAUUUUGUAAAAAAUAGACAAAUUUUCAGAUUUUAAAAACAUAUAUACUUUUUAAAAGUCUGGUUCUGACUCUGAGCAGGAGUCUGCUGGGGAACUGCUCUAUUAAAUAAUAAUAAAAAAUAUCCAGUUGCCAUUUAUUGUCUUGAAACUGGGCCUGUCCUACCAUUUAUGUGA